AUGGCCCAGGCGUACCAGUUCUGCGUGAAGCAGUCGACCUCUCUGCGAUUGAAGCUUCAGAGAACUGCUGAAUCGAGCUGCAGUGGUUGCGCCCGGCCCAGCAGGCGCCGCAAAUUGAACCGGGUCUCCGGCAAUGGCUUCCAGUGUGGCCGAUACGACAGCCCGGUGACGAUUCAGGACUUUCUCUUGGAAAACUUGGACUUCGUCAAGUUGUGGCGUGCACGUGUGGACAAGAACUGGAAGAUGAUGGCCGAUGAGAUUGCCGCGGUCAAGCGAGGUCGAAUGGGAGGGACCUUUCUCCAUGCCAGAGUGUUGGAGUGCCACGGCUGUUUCCUUGCCGUCCUGGACCUGUUAGCAGAGGAUUGGCGUAGCUCUGGAGCCAACUCAAGUGUGGGUGUUCCUGACUCUCCGGUCUAUCAUGACAUCACUGCCUUUGUUUUGCAGCUUUGGGGUCCAGACCAUGAGUCCGCGUACAGACAAUUUCCUGUGGCAGAGCCCAAUGUCACGUGGGUGAUGCACACACCAAGCGGUCCGACGCUUUUGGCAGCCUUUGAGUGGACGCAGGCGAUGGGCAGCGCCUUCUUGGGCGUUAAAUUCAAGGUGUCCAAGGCUCAGCCGCCAGCAGGGCAGCACAAGCUUUUGGGUGUUUCGCUUUGUCUCGAACACGACCGUGCCGUUGUGGAGUGUACUGAAGAACGAAGGCCUGGCACCUUCAUUGCCCCUACGAGCAAGGCUUCCCCGCCAACAGCUUUGGCCCCGACCAAAGCGGCUCUUACUGCUGAACAAAUGCGGCAUGAAGCACUACUGGAGCUCGUGAUCUCCCAGGAUGCUGACAUGGCUACUCUUUUUCCUCCACAGGUCACGGUGCCGAUGCUUGGAUCAGAGGCUGGCGUUACGAGCAAUCAGCUCGCCACUCAGGGGACCUCCUCCUCUUCGGCCUCGGCGAUGCCAGUGGUGAUGGCAACCUCAGCUCGCACGGACAACGAUGCGACAAGCACAACAGGCAUUGCACCAGCCAACCUUGCUGCCCAGGACGAUGUGCAGGCGGUGUCCCCUGUGACGCUACGUCAACUACAAGAGCUGGGUACAGUGGAGCAGCCUACUGGAGGGGACAUUCCACGACCGGGAUUGCUGAGAUGCGAAACCACGGGAGAGUGGCACUUUCUGAAUCCGUAUGGAGGAGUCACUGCCCUGGUGUAUGGAGGAACUACCCCCCCGGAAGCCGCCUCCACUGGCUCAACUGGUGCUGGUAGCGGUCCGGCUCCAAGCACGCCACCAACGGUCAAGAAGAGACCACUACCGCUGCCCUUGCACCUUCGAGCCAGAGGUGGGGCCUACAACCAGUCUAACCUCACGAUUCACAUAUGCCGUUGGCAGAUUAGCAGCAGCCCCCCUCAAUUGCAGGAAAUCCACCAGGGCGACCCGCCGCCCACCGGGCGGCAGCAGAAUAGGUCCGACGAGAGCAACGAGUGGGUCUGCGGGCUCCGCACCCAAGGCGGGUAUACGCAUCAACCUUGCACCGACCAUGUCAAGAGCCACCUGCACACUGGCACUCACCUCAUCAUGAUCCAUCCUUGA